AUGCUCGUCAUUUCCUCUAGCCCACAGGCCGAAACAGCUUGUCCCGAAGCCACCGCUACCGGCGCUGAGCAGGUCAAGGGCGCACCACUCGCAGCCAGUCAUAAGGAACACGAAAAAAUAACCUCAGUUGAACGCGCCUUCUUCGACUUCCUCAAGACCUCCUCUCUCGAAUGUUCCUCUACAGUCCACCCGCAAUUGUACCGCACUACAGACCAGCGCCAAGCGCUCGAUAAGCUCUUCACAGGUCAGCGAGCCACUACAACGACCAAGACGCGAAACACCAACAGCGUCAAUUUUACAAGUUUAUCGCUGGGCUCAGCCGUAUAUGGCAUGGGCUGGAACAGGCUGCAUAUACCCAAGAACUGA